AUGCACCAGCCGUGGGCGUCGCUGCUGGUGCACGGCACCAAGCGCGUGGAGGGCCGCUCCUGGCCUUCGCCGGUCACCGGCCGCCUCUGGAUCCACGCCGCCUCCAAGGUGCCCGACCCCGACACUGUCGCCGCCAUGGAGGACUUCUACCGGGAGAUCUACGCCGUCGACGGGGUCCACCACAUCGACUUCCCCCAGCACUACCCCGUCUCCUGCCUCCUCGGAUGCGUCGAGGUGGUCGGCUGCGUCAGGUCCGAGGAGCUGGUCUGCUGGGAGGAUGUGCCUCAAUCACAACUGCCUUACCAGUACGCCGCCAAGGGGGCAUGCCUUGCCCUGGUAGCAAGGAGGGAGUGGAGCCUGUGGCAGGUCGCCGACCACGCCUUUGAGCUCGGCGCGCCGGACGUGAUCAUUCACCCCGGGGACGUCGCAGACCCCGACGACUACAACAGAUUUAUUCAGGCCACAGUCGACCACUACGACCAAUAUUGA